ACGCCGUAACCCCUUGCGUGCCGAGGCUAGGGCUGAAGUUUCAGCCCGGAGCAAGGAAGGAAUUUUGUUUGGCUUAAGAAAUGUGUUAUUCGCCCCCUGAUCCUCGAGUGUCAUGUAGUAACCCCUCCUCUCGUGGCAAACUCAGAAGCAUGCUGGCCUCGGCUCCAGGGACGCAGGAGCGGGCCUCCAGUUCAUUCGUUCCCUGUCGUCCCCACCAACCGCUGAUACCAGCGCUCGGCGAUCCGUUCCGUGGCGGAAACAGAAACCACUGGUUAGCCAGAGAAGAACUGGAUACAGAGAAGAAGAGGCUGAGAAACUGUUGGAGGGUCUAGGCCUCUAGGAAAGAGGUCCUGAGCUCCGAAAAAGCGGCCAGGGUUGGGAAGGCAUCCAACUACUGCACAGGUUCAGACCAAUGGAAGAAUGAACUGAAUGAAACCCAAAAGCAAGAAAUUAAAGAGGCCUUUGAUUUAUUUGAUGUUGAUGGGUCUGGAACCAUAGAUGUGAAAGAACUGAAGAUUGCCAUGCAAGCCUUAGGAUUUGAUCCAAAGAAAGAAGAAAUUAAAAAAAUGAUAGCUGAAAUCGACAAAGAAGGAACUGACACCAUUACUUUUGAAGAUUUUUUUGCCAUAAUGAGUGUAAAAAUGAGUGAAAAAAAUGAAAAAGAAGAAAUAUUGAAGGCUUUCAAAUUAUUUGAUGAUGAUGAUACUGGAAGCAUAACACUAAACAAUAUCAAGAGGGUUGCUAAGGAAUUGGGGGAAAAUUUAACAGAUGAUGAACUUAAGGAAAUGCUUGAUGAAGCUGAUCGUGAUAGGGAUGGAGAGAUAAAUGAGGAAGAAUUUUUGAGAAUGAUGAAAAGGACCACUCUUUAUUAAUACUUUUUUUUAUUCCUUCUGGAAAGUUGUUAACAACUUUGUAUUUGCUAUAUGGUUCUAUCAUAUUUGAAUGUAUUAUUAAUUUUUAGUUUAUAUGCAAAAAUUGGUCUCUUGAUGUCUAAUCCAUGUGAGAAGUUUCAUGUUUCUACCAAUCUGUUGUUAAAUCCAUAGCAUCAAGAAACAAAAUGUAAUGAUUUCUGUGAACCAUGGAUCCCAAACCAGUAUUAAUUCUAACUGCUACUUUUAGAGCUCUAGGGUCUAAAGACUUAGAAUUUUUUAAGUUAAAUGAAACUGACCCCACAUCCAAAUGAAUUUUGCAAACAAGCAAUUAUUUUCCUUUUGUGCAACUCUUUAAAACUGAUAAAUAUUUGUUU